AUGUACGAGUAUAAACAAAUGAAACUAAAUGCCUAUCGCCACAGAAAUGUACAUACAAGCGUGGAACUAGAGACAUGUUCAAUCGUGUCUCCUCGAUUCGUGUUUAUGUUCAAACAAGACGUUGUCGAGGAGCCGGAGUUUACAGAUGUAAUUCAGAACGUGACCGUCCCCGCUGGCCGGAGCGUGCGUCUCGCCUGCUCCGUCAAGAACCUUGGCUCAUAUAAGGUGGCGUGGAUGCACUUCGAGCAGUCUGCCAUUCUGACGGUACACAACCACGUGAUCACGCGCAACCCACGCGUGAGUGUGACACACGACAAACACCGUACAUGGUUCCUGCACAUCUCAGAUGUACGCGAAGAGGAUCGAGGCAGAUACAUGUGUCAGAUCAAUACUGUGACCGCCAAGACCCAAUUUGGAUAUCUGCAUGUUGUAGUGCCACCGACUAUCGAUGACUCGUUGAGUUCGAGCGACGUCAUCGUCCGAGAGGGUGCCAACGUCACUCUGACGUGCCGCGCUAAUGGCUCUCCUAAGCCUACCAUCAAGUGGAAACGGGACGACAACUCAAAAAUCUCCAUCAGCAAGGGCCAUUCUGUUUCUGAAUGGGAGGGCGAAGUACUAGAUAUGGCGCGGAUAUCUCGAUUGGAUAUGGGUGCUUAUUUAUGUAUUGCCAGCAAUGGUGUGCCACCAACCGUGUCCAAACGAGUGAAAGUUAGCGUUGAUUUUCCUCCAAUGUUAUGGAUCCCUCACCAAUUAGUCGGAGCACCACUCUUUUACAACGUAACUCUAGAAUGUUUUACCGAAGCUCAUCCGACAUCUUUGAAUUACUGGACAAGAGAUGAUGGACAUAUGAUUCACGAAAGUUCUAAGUACCAUAUGGACAACACCGUGGGCACGCCUGCAUACAAGACCCAUAUGAGAUUACUUAUUAGAAAUAUUAACACUGAAGACUACGGUACUUACAAGUGCAUAGCUAAGAACCCAAGGGGAGAGUCUGACGGAACGAUUCGCUUAUACACUUCGUCACCACCAACAACCACACCGGAUCCUCGAGCCAUUACCCUACCACCUGCAUCGAAACCUCCGCGACGGGACACUCCACUCACUGAUAAAGGUACUAAAUAUCAGUCUAAUCUGAAUGAAAUCGAUAAGGGGAAACAGAAAACGGAUGAAGGUGGCGGGAAAACGCCUUUGAACUGGGUUGGUGGAGCAUCACAGGUUACAGGUGACGAUGCUGACUGGAGGAGAAGCUCGCUGUGGGUUUUAGUUCUGCUAAUUAUUAUAACAUUUUAUUUUUAA